GGCGCGGUGCUGCUGUUGCUGUCCGCGGUGCUGAGCCGCACGGUCGCCGGCGCGCGGGGCGACGGCGACGACGGCGACCGCUGCUUCAUCGACGGCCGGGGCUUCGCGAACUUCGAGGUCAUCAACCUGCUGCUCUUCGGACGCGCGCACUCGAACACGUUCGACGGCGUCCGCGACGUCGACGGCGUCGUGCUCCGGGGCGCGCCGCGCCGCGACCGCGUGGGCCUGCUCGCGGCCGACGAGGCGCGGGGCUACUUCGCCGUGGGCGACUUCCUCAAGAGCCCGCGCGUGCCCAUCUUCAUCGUCUACUCGGAGUCGCACUUCUCCGUGCUCUUCUCCGACGACCCGGCGGUGCUCGACCGCGACGCGGACCGGCCUUUUGAUCUGACCUACUGGGACUGCCUCUCGACGGAGGACGGGCCCGUGCGCCUCACGGUCGACCCGUGCCUCUACGACGCGUCGGGCAAGUCGCACCGGCCCGUGCCGCCCGCGGUCGACGACGACGCCGCGCUCAUCCCGCCGCUCGACGUCGUCGUCCGGACGCGCUGGCCCAACGCGGGCAUCGACUGGAACGACUCCGAGCCCAUCCUGUAA